AUGGCACAACAGCAGACUUUUUGUAAGUACGGGAAGUACAAACAAAACAUUAAAACUAAAGAUGGCUACUACGGAUGGAUGAUUAUCAACGUUCCACUGAAUAUCAUUGACUACGUGAAAUUAGAAAACAAAUCCCUGUUGAAUGUUGUAAAAUCAGUGUUCACGUAUUAUCCAACGAAAAACACGUUCGACAACGAAGAAGAGAAUUUUAAGUGUCUGGUUGCAUGUAAGCGUGUUCCAGGAAAGGUUACCAAAGAAGAGGGCAUCGAAGUAAUUGAUAUGAGCUUGUCCGAUAUCAUGAGUAGUAUGACACAUGAAUUUGUUACACUUGACACCAAGUUCAGUGUAGACAUGAGCAACUACAAGAUUUCAAAACUGAAUAACGACAAGUACACAAUAUCAGAGACAGAAAAUAUUGACAUUGAAAACAUAGAGAAAGAAACAAAUGCAAUGGGUGUCCUGUAUAUCAUCGAAUUGGACACAGCCGUUGUACAAGAUAUGACUCACGUGAGUAGCAUAAACGGAUCGAAGAUUGCAGCAAUGAGAAGAAACGGGGAAAUUGAAAAGAGUGAUGUCAGAAGAACGCGUCUUUCAAAAAACACCCCACCUCCACCAACAAAAGAACCUAAGGAAAUAGAUCUUUCCUAUAGUGCAACAUUCAGAUAUUUGGAAUAA